AAACUAAGUGUUUGGGUGUUUGUGGUUGCUGUGAGGAGUGAGGGUUCUGUCUAAUAGAGAAGAUCUCUGCCUGCAGCAGCAGAGGAAACUUAGAGCUGCAGAGUGAAGUUUUUCAGAAACAGGAGGAACUUCAUCAGCCUGCUGCUUCUGGUUAAAUCAGUAGACUUUUCUGGAACAUCUAUUCUGGGAUCAUGAAGGAUCAAAACUUUAAGGACGAGGUGGCGAAAAUUCUGGAGGAAGCUCCGAACGCCAGGAAAGGUCUGCGGGAUAACUACGAAAACCUGCUGAAUGUGGCUGAUUACUGCUACAACACCUACACCCAGUCAGGUGAAAACAGCAUAAAGGCAUUGGAGGAAACUAAAAACUUCACCACCCAAUCAUUGGCCAGUGUUGCAUAUCAGAUCAGCACUCUGGCUAACAGUGUCCUGAGUCUGCUUGAUGCUCAGACCAAUCAGCUUCGACAGAUGGAGUCCUCCAUAAAUGUGAUUGGUCAGACUGUAGAGAUGCAUAAAGAGAAAGUUUCUCGGAGGGAGAUUGGCACCUUCACGGCGGUCAGACGAGUUCCUCGCAACCAUAAGAUCAUUCCUCCAACUGGCGCACAGCCCCGCCCACCGUACAGCCGCCGACCAAUCAACUACCAGCAGCUGGACGAACUGGGCCAUGGCAUAAAGGUCUCUGGGAAACAGACGGAGAAAACGGGAACGAUCCGGAAACAUGGAGCCUCCAUCAGGUCCAACAAAGCUCUGGAGCCAGUUCAAUGCCCAGUGGCGCCCCCUGCUGGAGGGUCCAGCUUUGGAAGACCUGUAGCUCCGCCCACCAUCCCCACCAAUUGGCAGGCUCCACCUGAGUGCGACAUCAUCACCAAUUUGCUGGAUGAAGCUCCGCCUCCUCCUCCUCUUCCAGCAGAGGAGUCGUUGCGUCAGAGUGGUGAGGUCAUCUCAGGCCUGCCCCCUCCUCCUCCUCCUCCUCCUGAUUCAUCAGGACUGAUGGUGGCUCCAACAGCUCCACCUCCUCCACCAGCCUUAUCAGGGGCUGUGAUCAAUCAAAGUGCUCCUCCUCCUCCUCCACCACCUCCUCCUCCUUCUUCUUCAGGGACUGUGAUCAACCAUGGCGCUCCAGCUCCUCCUCCAAUCCCAUGCCUUAGUCUAGAAACAGUGGUGGAGGAGAACAGCCUCCCACCACCUUCUCCUCCUCCUCCUUCUGAUGAUAAUGGCUUCCCACCAUUACCCAAUGACAACUCAGAGCUGCUGGCCCCGCCUCCACCAUCUCCACCCUCCCAGGAAGCAGACGUGACCCCCACAUCUAGGAGUUGCCACCGCCGGCGCUCGCCUCCAACCACUCGCUCUGUCUCUCUGAGGGUCCGCUCAGGCCCCGCCUCCCGCUGCCGAUAUACUCGCUCCCUCUUCUUGCCUGCUGUCCAGUCAUGUAAGCUGCUGCAGGGGUUCCUGAAGUUUGAGAACUUCAUGAGGACAUUUUAGGAGAGCUUACUCUGGUCCUUCAAGUGACCAGUGUUGUGGACCUCCCAGGAACCCAUACCAAGGAUAUUAGGUGUUUAUGAAUAAUCCGAAAGUUCAAAUGUCAGUGAACAGUUCAGAAUGUUCAGAAGUUUAUUAACAGCCCUGAAUCAUCAGAUGUUGCUGAAUAUUUUCAGAAUAUUGAUAGUUAGGUCUGUGUCAGACCAGAUGUUGACUCCUUGUUCUCACUCAACUUCUCUCUGUCUGUCAGUCAUGAUCCCCCCUCCUCCACCAUACCCUCCCCCCAAUGCCCCCCAGGACCCCUCCAUCUCUUCCUCUUCCUCCUUCACCCUGCUCUCUCGCUCUUCCUCCUCCUCCCCCCGGCUUUGCUUAC